AUGACGGUUUCCGUGGAGCUCUGCUGGCAAAACAUGGUUUGCGAAAUUAGUGAAUCCGCUUCGCGCUCAUUAUUCGCCGGUUUAUCACCCCAGUGCUUACCGUCCUGGAUGGAUCCGAAAGAUGUCCAUGGGGACAUUCAAUUCAUCCUUCUGAAACCUCAACCCGAAACAUCAAAGCUCCCUACCAACCCUUUUGUCAUCUCAAAAUCAGUUGACCAGCUUGUUGGAAAAAUCCACGGAGCCCAUCCCAUCGAUGGUGGUAAAAAUUACCUCCUCAAAGUCCGCAACCCCAACCAAGUUGGAAAACUUCUACAGCUGUCUAAACUGAUCGACGGAACCCCAGUUGCAACAGAAAUGCACCAAACUCUCAACUACACCAAGUGCGUUGUCACCUGCAGUGAUGUCGCCGGAAUAAGCGACAAGGAUUUGGCCGAGGAACUUGCUGAUCAAAAUGUCACAAGCGUCUAUCGAUUCGUGCGAAAAGCUGAAGGCAAAGAAGUCCCAACAAAUUCCUUUCUCCUCACCAUCAAGGGAACCACUCGACCCACACACAUCAUGUUCGGUUACAUUCGAGUAUCCACCAGAGCCUAUUAUCCCCGCCCUCUCAUGUGUUUAUGCUGCGGUAAAUACGGCCAUUCCAAACUGCGCUGCAAACAAGGAAAGGAACCAACAUGCCUUUCUUGUGGUGAAAAACCUUACCACGAGGAAUGCGACAACCCUCUGCGCUGCAUUAACUGUGAUGGAUCCCACCACGCUUCCAACCGAAACUGUCCCAAAUUCCGAGAAGAACAAGAAAUUGUGCGCCUCCGAAUCGAUCUGAACAUAAGCCAAGCUGAUGCAGUCAAGGAAUACAAAUCACGGAACUUAGCCGCCCAACAAACCAACAAUGUCCAAAAACGCCUCGAAACAGCUCGGAUCAGCAGCUCGAUAGCUGAAAAAGAUCUCCGAAUCCAACACCUGGAACAACAAGUCGCUGCACUCAUCGCCGAAAUUCGAAAACUUCGAUCUCAAAACGAAUCCGAAAACGAGUCGACCCUGGAAGAAUCCGACGACAGUAUGGACACAUCUGAUCAAUCCAGUGUUUUAUCCAAACGACAACGAGUCAGUGGAUCCUCCGAAGAAUCCCUCAGUGCCAAAAGUGAUCUAGUGAAGAAGAAAAAGUGUAGUGAUCAAAACAGACCAACAGAAGAACCACCCAACCCACCAUCCACCGAAGGUAAAGAGGAACGUCGCUCUCGGAACAACGGUAAGCCAAAAGCCAACUCUUCUCAUUGCUCUUCACCAUAA